GCAAUCAUCAGCAACUGUCGCUUGCUUCGCUCAACAGCUCAAGUCUCAGCUCCGAUUCCAGCUCCAGCUCCAGUUCCAGUCAUGUACAAGCUCACCAUUUGCUGCAUGCUAAUCGUCGUCCUGGCGACUGCUGCCCAGGCCACGAAUAGGCCAAGACCAAGACCCGUCUGCGUGGGCCGCUGCACUGUGGGGGACUUGAGGCGCACCGAUUGGGUCUGCACCCGGGAUGCCAGGACCAAUCUGUGCACCAGGCUGCGUCCCUGCCGACUGCGCGAACGCAACUGCGCUCUGAGUGAUCUGGGCCUGAAGCCGCUGCGACAGACGAGCCUGCGGCAGUGCGCCAAUGUCAGGGGCAUCGAGGGCACCGCCCGCUGUGCCCCCACCAGGAAUCCUCCCCGUGUGAGGAGCUGCGUCGACAGGUCCUGCGUCAAUCAGAGGCCCAACAGCUGCUGGCGCACUCGGGACGGCCGCAACCUUUGGCUCAGCAUCUGCGAUGCCCGCCGGGUGAACUGCGUCAACAGGAACAAGCCGCUGGGACAGCUGGUGCGCGUCCAGGACAUCAAGUGCCGCAUCAAGCCCGUCGUCAGGGCCUGAGCGACUACCACAGCGAUAACCCAUCCGGCGAUAACCCAUCCGUGUUUAUUUCCCGUAUAUGCACAGCUGCAUAUAUACAUAUCUAUCGUGCCUCAUUCCAUAUCUUAUUUCGGACAAUUUGCUUGCUCUCUUUUAUUUUUUUCGUGGUCAUUCACACAUAAUUUGAAAAAGAAGUAAAUAAAUCAAUUCGUAUUCGCCUGAA